CUGUGGGUUGUCUCACAUUCCCCAGUAAGAUUUACCUGAACACUAGAGUCUGGGAUUCAAAUACGACAUCACACAACCGAGCAACACAUCAGUGGCACAGACAGUUAAACACUUGAAAACAAAACAAUGAGUGAAUCAGCAGAGGCUUUGGCUGCCAACCUCAAAAGCAGAAGAAAUGUCACCAUUGAGAUCACCAACCUUAGCAACCAUUACUGCCUCAUUAACCCCAAGGUUUUCUUAGACAAUGGCAGCGUCCACAGCCCUCCACAGCCUACUGUCCGCUCACAGAAGACAGAAGUCUGCAACUUCUCCAAAGACAGUGGAAAAGCGACAGGUGCUGUAGGCGUGCUGACCUAUGAGCUGUUUGGCCGAUCAGCCAACAGUGCCAAAGAGAUUAUAGCAAUAAUGUUCUCUGUGCCAUACGACUACAACAUGUACAAAAACUGGGUGGCUGUGGGAAUUUACAAUGUGGGCAAAGAAUGCAAUGAGAGCCUCUUCAAAGAGAUGUACUACAAGGAGCAGACAGGCUUUGUCCGGCAGGAGUCCAAUGGCAGUGGGCUCAACUUUGAGGGAAGCAGCGUGGACAUCAAGGCCACCAUGUCCCCCACGGGCAGGGCCAUACUGAAGGUGGAGAUCUGGGACAAGCUUUUCACCCAAAUGGCACAGCGUCCUCAAUGAUUGUAUUAAAAAAAACGUUCAUGUUAGACAUAGUCAGCUCUGUGUAAACCUGUGCUAAUAUUGUACAUGUUCAUACAAUAAAAGCAUAAUUACUCAAA